AAUCACAACAAAAAUAUAAAAACGACACACGAUAAAAAAAAUGAAGCAAAAAAAAUAGAAGAGAAAAAAACGCACACACAAAUAUUCGCAUCUCCUUGUAGAUCUAUCGUAUCAACUGCUUAGUGCUAACCCUUCGCUUCUUCCACCUUCUUCCGUCAGUUCAAUCCUCUUCCAUCUCCAGCUCCGAUCCGUCGUCGCAGAUUGUGAAUUGAAUGGAGGGAACUGGAGGCAGCAGUGCCUCUGCUACUGCUGCUGCUGGACCACCUGUGAACCAAUGGGUUCAGGAAUUUUCGAAGCUAUUUCAGCAUUAUUUGGAUAAAUCUACUCCGCACUCGACGUAUAGAUGGAUUGGAACUUUUGUCAUUGCUUCGAUAUAUGUUUUAAGGGUUUUUUAUAUUCAAGGAUUUUACAUUGUGUCUUAUGGAUUGGGAAUCUACAUGCUGAAUCUGUUGAUUGGGUUUCUGUCACCUUUGGUUGAUCCUGAACUUGAGCCUUCUGAGGGAGGACCUUUGCUACCAACUAAAGGAUCUGAUGAGUUCAAGCCGUUCAUUCGUCGGCUUCCUGAGUUUAAGUUCUGGUAUUCUUUCACAAAGGCUUUCUGCAUAGCAUUCUUGAUGACUUUCUUUUCUGUAUUUGAUGUUCCUGUCUUCUGGCCAAUAUUACUCUGUUACUGGGUUGUUCUGUUUGUCCUGACAAUGAGGCGCCAAAUCGCACACAUGAUCAAAUACAGAUAUAUUCCAUUCAGUUUGGGAAAACAGAAGUACGGUGGCAAAAAAUCUUAUGGAAGUAGCAGCGGUGGCUCUCGUGCAGACUGAAGUUCUACUGUGUCAUGAUUUGAAGAACACAGAUCUCAAAGUUAGGUUUUGUGGGCAUUCGGGGUACUUGUUUUUUCCCCUGUUAUUUGAAGGAAUUUGUAGUCAGAGUAUUAAGGAUGCCAAUAUGCAGUUACAGAAAAUAUUCGCUUUAUGGUUUUAUGAUACCAGAAGACAUGCUAAUACUGGUAGUAAACUUCAUUGUUGAUAUACGUCAGUAUUUGAUUCAGUUUUAGAUUUAUUGCAGUUCUAGUAUUGUACUAUCAUGAUCUUAGGACAAACUUCACAAAGAACCUUGAUUUUUUUCCUGUUCAGGAUAUGCCUAUGCCUUUGAACUUUGAA